CAACUCCUCCCCAUAUAUAUUUCAUGCAACCAAUCUCUAUUCUUUUUCCCAUUCCUACUUUAGGGUUUCUUCUUCCGGUAAAAGUUUUCCCCCAAUUCUUCCGCCAUGGUUCUCAAGCCCACCCGAGCUCAGAAGAAAACUAACUACGAUCAGAAACUCUGUCGUCUCCUCGAUGAGUAUUCUCAGGUCCUCAUCGUCGGUGCCGAUAAUGUCGGUUCCAACCAGCUUCAGAGCAUCCGCAAGGGUCUUCGUGGCGAUUCCAUUAUUCUUAUGGGUAAGAACACCAUGAUGAAACGCUCCAUUAGAAUCCAUUCUGAAAACACUGGUAACACCGCCGUCACUAACCUCCUCCCUCAUCUUGUGGGAAACGUUGGCUUGAUCUUCACUAAAGGUGAUUUGAAAGAAGUGAAGGAAGAAGUUGCCAAAUACAAGGUGGGAGCCCCAGCUCGUGUUGGCCUUGUUGCACCAAUUGAUGUGAUUGUUCCUCCAGGAAACACUGGACUCGAUCCAUCCCAGACAUCUUUCUUUCAGGUGUUGAACAUCCCAACAAAGAUUAACAAAGGCACAGUUGAAAUCAUCACUCCCGUGGAGCUAAUCAAGAAAGGAGACAAAGUCGGCUCAUCCGAGGCUGCACUACUCUCUAAACUUGGGAUAAGGCCCUUCUCUUAUGGUCUCAUUGUUGUUUCUGUCUAUGACAACGGUUCUGUUUUUAGUCCAGCGGUGCUUGAUCUUUCAGAGGAAGAUCUUCUCGAGAAAUUCCUUGCUGGGGUUUCCAUGGUUGCCUCUCUCUCUCUUGCUGUGUCUUUCCCAACUCUUGCUGCUGCUCCCCACAUGCUUAUCAACGCCUAUAAGAAUGCUCUUGCCAUUGCUGUCGCUACUGAAUAUUCAUUCUCUGAGGCUGAUGAAAUCAAAGAAUUCUUGAAGGAUCCAAGCAAAUUUGCAGCUGCAGCAGCCCCAGCUGUGGCAGCCGAGUCGGUUGCUGCGGCCCCUGCCGCUGUGGAAGAGAAGAAGGAAGAACCAGAGGAAGAGUCGGAUGAGGGGGAUAUGAUCAUGGGCCUAUUUGACUGACUUCACAACAGCUAAGAAAAUUAUUCCAACCCAUUUAGUUUUAUGUUUUAUAUGGUAGAGAUAUUUUGAGUUGGUUUAUCAUAUGUCUGGUGAGGAUUUGAUUUUUUUUUUUUUCCUUCUUUUUUGUGUUCAUAUUAUGAACAUGGACCACUCAUUUUAUCAUAAAUGGUGGUGAGUGGUUACUCACUCCUUUUUAAGAUUUACAACUUUACUUUAUUUAUUUUAUGAUCUA